AUGGUUGCUUCACACUAUCGAAGAUCUGUCAAUUACCCUCCCCUUGACGGAUCUCUGUUCCUCCCAGAUUUGAUGGAGUUCAAUGCACAACAUAACUCAGACGUCGCUUUCUUUAUCUAUGAGAAACUUGACAGCGACGACCUGGUCUCUAUCUCACACUCGGACUUCUAUCAAGCUUGUCAUCGAGCCUCCCAGAAAAUUAGACCAGGUCGCGCAGGCGCAGACAAAGAGGUGAUUGCCCUCAUCGGGAACUCCGACACCCUUCUUUACCAGACGGUAUUUAUCGGUAUUAUCUUUGCUGGGCUGGUUCCUUUCCCCAUGUCCCCCCGCAAUUCAGCGGCGGCAGUCAUAAACAUGAUGCAGAAAACAAAGUGCCGUCGUUUGAUUACGACCCUGCACUCUCUUACUUCCCUGGUUGACGAAAUCACAGCGGACUUCGUGUCUCGUGCCACUCAAACGGGCCAGCUGCAGAUUGAUGAGAUCCCGGCGCUGAAACACCUGUACCCCGCGCUUGUCAGUGGUGCUCCGAACGGGGCCCUUUCGCCAUACCCUUCCCCUGUUUCACCAUCGUCUGAGAACGAUAUAUUAUUCUACCUGCAUUCCUCGGGCAGCACUGGCUUCCCAAAACCCAUUCCAAUAAGCAACCUGACUGCCAUCCAUUGGUGCAUUAGUCCACCCAUUCUCGACCACAUCGACUUUCCCGGUCAUAUCCGCAUUGGUACUGCAUCCUUGCCCUCAUUCCAUACUCUUGGUAUAUAUCUUCAGCUGCUCAUCCCCAUCACCUCCCUGAGCAGCGUGUCUAUUUACCCACCUACAUCCCUCCUCGAUCCCUCGGCAGCCCCUGUAGUACCCAACUCGCAAAAUGUCCUAGACUCUGUACUUAAGACGAAAUCGAACGCUUUGGUAGCCGCGCCUACCUUCCUGGAGAAAUGGGCGUUGUCGCCAAAUGCUGUCGAUACUCUGAAGACGCUCGAAUAUGUUGUCUAUGCUGGCGGUCCGCUUGCACCUAAGAUGGGAAAUGUCCUGGUGGACGCAGGUGUCAAGCUGUCUUGUGCUUACGGCGCUACAGAAUUUGGGAUCAACACUUAUUUUUUCCGAAAUGCGGUCGAGCAAAAAUUUUGGGACUGGGUGCGAUUUGGACCAAACUCCAAGAUCAGAUGGGCUCCUCAGGACGAUGGUACAUACGAAUGCCAAGUUUUGACAACUCCGACGCAUCAAGUGUCCGUAGAGAAUCUUCCGGACGUUAAGGGUUAUACUACUUCGGAUGUAUUUGUCAAGCAUCCGACGAUAGAGGGUCUGUGGAAGAUCGUAGGAAGGAUCGAUGACGUUUUGAUACUCUCAUCUGGGGAAAAGACAGUACCGGCCCCCAUGGAGAGCAUCAUCGGCGCAAACCCCUAUGUGAACGGCACCGUCAUGUUCGGCCGUGGACGCAACCAAGUCGGAAUCCUCAUAGAGCCCCGUGCGGGAUGCGAAAUCGACGUCGACGACGAAAAACAGCUUGCUGAGUUCAGGAAUCAAGUGUGGCCUGAAAUAGAGGAAGCGAAUCACGAGGCUCCUGCCUUCAGCAGGAUCUUCAAGGAGAUGGUUCUGGUGACACGAAAUGAGAAGCCCAUGCUUCGAGCUGGAAAGGGGACCGUCACUAAGAAAGCAACUGUCAAGCUGUAUGAGAAGGAGAUUGAUGCCCUAUAUGAAAAGGUGGAGGGCAGCACAAGAGCGGGCAUCGAUGUUCCUUUGCCUACAAGCUGGACUGCGGAAGACGUCGAGGGUUGGCUUAUGGUCCACGCCGCUGCUGUGAACUCCAACAAGGCGGUCGAUCCUGACACAGAUCUUUUUGCUCAGGGCUUUGACAGUCUCUCUGCGACAUUCUUCAAAAACCGCAUCAUUGGCUCCCUCAGCUCAUCUUCAAACCGUGACGUUCAAGCAUCAGCAUCGCGGAUCGACCAGAACGUCGUAUUUUCAAGUCCUUCAAUUCGCCAGCUCGCGAGAAGCGUCAUCAACGCAGUAUUUCAACGGAACGGUUCAGGCGCUGUUGAUAUCAAAACUAAAAUCGAGGACAUGAUCGAAAAUUAUUCAGUCGGAUUUGGGGACUCCAGAGAAGCCAUGGCCUCUCUAGUUAAUGACUACAACCAAAGCGGUCAUGUGGUCGUCUUGACUGGGUCCACGGGAGGUCUCGGUUCAUACUUGCUUGCGGAUCUACUACAGCGAGAGGACGUGUCAGUGGUAUAUGCCUUCAAUCGCCCGUCGAAGGCUGCGACAUCCAUCCAACAACGUCAAGAACAUGGGUUCGAAGACCGCGGUUUGGAUGUCACCCUGCUACAGUCAGAGAAACUGGUGUUUGUAGAAAGUGAUACCACUCGCGGUGACCUGGGUCUGGAUAAGGAGUUAUAUCAGAAGAUCUGCACAUCUGUCACAACUAUCAUUCACAACGCUUGGAAACUCGACUUUAACCUGGCGCUCUCGUCAUUCGAGCCUCAUGUGCGUGGAACGCGGAAUCUUAUAGACCUGGCACUAUCUUCUCCGCGUCAUCCAAAGCCGCGUUUCAUGUUCACCUCUUCUAUCGCAUCUGCCCAAGGCUGGGAUAGAGAGAAAGGGCCUUUCCCGGAAGAAGUACAGUAUGAUGCAGGGGUGGCAGUAGGCCCUGGCUACGGCGCGAGCAAAUACGUGUCUGAGAGGGUCCUCGUCAACAGCAAAUUGCCGGCAUCCUCAUUCAGAAUUGCACAGAUAUCAGGAGGGCGCCCACGAGGAGCUUGGUCGACGACUGACUGGUUACCGAUCGUCGUCAAGUCGAGUGUAAGUCUAGGUGCGCUUCCAGAAGCCAAAGGGCUUCUAUCCUGGAUCCCUUUCCACGCCGUAUCACAUGCUAUCCUUGAUGUAGCAUUCUCGGAAGAACCUCCAAUCGCCAUUAAUCUGGUGCAUCCAAGACCGAUAGCGUGGACGACGUUGAUGCAGCCUGUUGCGGACGCCAUUCUUGAGCGUAAAGUAACAAGCAACCCGCUGCCUCUCGUGCCGUUCUCGGAGUGGCUCGAAAGACUCGAAUCGAGUGCCAAGGACUUGAGCGAAGAAAACAUCAAGCGCAUUCCUGCUAUCAAGCUUCUCGACUUCAUGCAUUUCAUGACUCGAUCAGAUAUUGCGAUCAGGGCAUCUGGGAAGAUGCGCUCCGAAGCGGGUGGCUUUACCCUAUUCGCCACUGGUGUGGCCGAGCGCGUCAGUCCGACGGUGAAGGAGCUGGAGCCGUUGUCGGCGGCGGACGCAGCACAGUGGGUGGACUAUUGGGCGUCAGUGGGGAUGUUUAAAUGA